AUGCAGCUCGUUUCUCAAUUAGCAUUGAUGGAUGAAGCAAAAGAUAUUAUCGACGAUUUAGUUGACGAACGCGAUGAAUUGGAAAGUAAUUUGACAAUUGAAACUGGCAAGCGAACUGAUUUGGAAAUUCAACUGGAAAAAGGUGAAAAAUUAAUUUCACAGCUUCAAGAAAAAAUCGACAUCAUUGAAAAUGAUUUGCUUCUCAAUUGGAUAACAAGAGAUGAACAUAAACAGGUCGAGAAACGUUUAAAGGAAGAGAUUGUCAAUGGAGAAGCUCAACUUGCUGCUGUACGAAUGGAAAUGGAAUCACUUCGUAAUGAGAUUAAAAUUCACGUUGAAGAGAAGAAAGCAGAAGAAAUUGCCAAUAAAGAAAAUGUCAAAGAACAGCAGAAACGUCGAACAAUUGAAAUUUCUGAUGACCGUCACUCCACAUUGGAAAAAUGUGUCGAAAUUUGUUCGUUUUCUUUGGAUCAUCUCAAUGGUCUCGCACAAUUCAUGAGCAAUUUAUUGCAACAAAAAGAAUUUUGUGAGUCGCUUAGUGAAGCCACAAUGAACAACAUGCAAUGUGUCAUCAACAAAACUUUUGAACUUUCCAAUCAUGCAGCUCGUUUCUCAAUUAGCAUUGAUGGAUGUCGAAUGUCAUCAUUGCCGAACAUUUCGUCGCUUGAUUUAUUAAUGGCAACAGCUAGAAAUUCACUCGGAAGUAUUCGAGAUCUUUGCGGACAUAACAAAUCAUUUCAUGAUGCCAAGAAUGAACAAAUUGAAACGAUGGAAGUUGAAAUGGGGAAAAUUAAGGAAGAUUUGUUGACAGCAAGAAGUGAAAUUGAUAAACUCAAUCAGCACAAUGUCAUUUUACAAGAACAAGUCAAAGAGGGUAAAGUUCAAUACGAAAGAUUAAAUUCGGGACGCAAUCAACUAAUUGAAGACAUAAGAAAUGAGUUGAAGAAAGUUGAAACUGAAAACGAAUUGCUAACGACACAAAUGAAUGAAGCAAAAGAUAUUAUCGACGACCUAGUUGACGAACGCGAUGAAUUGGAAAGUAAUUUGACGAUUGAAACUGGCAAGCGAACUGAUUUGAAAAUUCAACUGGAAAAAGGUGAAAAAUUGAUUUCACAGCUUCAAGAAAAAAUCGACAUCAUUGAAAAUGAUUUGCUUCUCAAUUGGAUAACAAGAGAUGAACAUAAACAGGUCGAGAAACGUUUAAAGGAAGAGAUCGUCAAUGGAGAAGCUCAACUUGCUGCUGUGCAAAUGGAAAUGGAAUCACUUCGUAAUGAGAUUAAAAUUCACGUUGAAGAGAAGAAAGCAGAAGAAAUUGCCAAUAAAGAAAAUGUCAAAGAACAGCAGAAACGUCGAACAAUUGAAAUUUCUGAUGACCGUCGUUUGAUGUUGAUGAACGAAGCAGCAGAUUCACUUGAUGAAAUUUCAAAUCCAUCCGAACCCUCGUCAUGUCAAAUGUGCACAAAAUAUCAAUCAAAGAUCCUUGAAUUGAAAAAGUAUUUGAGUCGAGCUAUUGAAAAGAUCAAAAUGCAAUCAGAAAUUAAAGCACAAAAUGAUCGUCACAUUCAGAAGCAACUCAGCAACACCGAAUCGUUCUUACAUUCUGCAAGAGCCAAUAUGGAAAAUAUUUUAAAAUCCCGCAAUGUACCCCAAGAAUGA